GUUGGCCUCUUAACAUAGCAUCCACAUUAACAGUAAACUGUUAGCAACAUUACAAUGUAAAGGAUAAAUGUUUAGACGCAAACAAAAACGAAGUGUUAGAAACACGAACCAAUCAGUUUAGUAACGGUGGACAAUGAAACAACACGGUCUUUUGAAAACGGAAACUGAGAAAAAGUGAAAAAUAAAAAAAGAAAGUAAAAUAUCAAAAGAAAAAAAUAAAUAUUAAAAAUUACUAAAUAAAAAUAUGAAAAUAAUGUAACACGUAAAAGUUUUGUGCAUAAUAAUGAAAAAAAAACGCUGAUUUUGCGCUUGUUUAAAUAAAAUGAAUAGAAUGAUGCUCAAAUAAAAAUGCACAUAUGAAUAAAUAACGAAUGAAUGUAAAAGAGUUUUUUCAAAAGAAAAUAUAAGUUUUAUAAGUGAAUAUAAAAAGUAAAAGAAAAAAAAUUGUGUUAGAAAAUAUGUUAAAUAUGAAAAGGUUUUAAAAUUAUUAAAAAAAGUUUUUCUUUGGUGACGUUAAGAGUGGAGCGAUGUGCCAGAAAAAGUUUCAAACUUUUUAAACUUUAACUUCCGGUCUUUUGUGUGUGUGUGUGUAUUGGCUAGUAUUAAAACAAUAUGUUGAGGCUAAUGAGUUUAUAAUAUUUGUAUUUUUUUGGAGAGAAAGAGGAAAAAAAAUCUUUAAAUUGAAAAUUAAUAUGAUAAAUAAAUAUUAAAGAAAUGCCUCGUAUAUAAAACCAUUUAAACUAAUAAAAAAUGAACAAAACAAAAUAUAAAUUAACUCAUUAUUUGUUUUACUUGGUUUUUGCUUUUUUUUGUUAAAUAAAACAAUUAAUGUUUGUGUUGAGUGUUUAACUAUUAAACCAGUUUUUGUGGUAAAAAUAAAAUAAAGAAAGGAAAAUAAAAUAAAAAAACGUUUUUAUUUAAACUGAGGUCUGAGGUUGAUAAAUAAAUGUCAUGCAUUGAAAAUUAAACAACAACAACUACAUGCUUUGGAAAAAAAUGUAAAUAUUUGUAAAAGUGUGUGUGUGUUAAAGUACAAGGAUCAGUUUGUGUGGCAUAAAAAAAGUUUUUUUUACAAUAAAUUACAACAAAAAAAGAAUAAAGUUAAAAGUAUGUGUGUAUAAAGCCAAUGAAUGCAAUUUAGUUAAUUGAAAUUUACAUUUGAUUUAAUUAAAUUUUUAAUAAGUUAUAAAACAAUACAAGAAAAAAACAUAAAGAAAACAAAACAUCCACAAACCAUAGAGAAAAAAUGUUAAAAUGAAAAAUCUCUUUUUUACCAACAAACAUACACACAGAACAAACACAUAUACAUAGAACAUGCUUGUUAAUAGAAAGCAAAAACUUUAACAAAGUGUUGGUAUACAUUGCUGUAGUGCAGCAAAUCAAAAACAACAAUAGCUCAAGAGCUAGAAACAAAAGAAAAUACAACAAUAACUAUAGUGUUUAAAUAAUUAACAAUUACUUUCGAGUUUUUUUUUUGCUCAAAGCUUUUUUAUGCUGGUGUUUGUAACAGUGCUUAAGCUGAUUGCUUCCAGUUAUUCUUCAAAUUCUAACUGCCUAUCGCCUGUUCAUUGCUGUUUCAUCUGUAUUAAGUUAAGGAGGGCUGUCAACAUAAACUAAAUUAACAACAGUUGCAACAACAAAAACUACUACUGACAACAAUGAAUGUGCAAGAGCAGCAGUAGCAGCAGCAGCAAGGAAAAUAAAGCAACAACAAGGGCUGGCUAAAAAUAAAACAACAAGUGGAAAGAAAAGGAAAUCACAAUAACAUUUACACAUUUACAACUACAAACUACAGACAUUUAAACAUUAAAACGACAUCGACGAUGAAAUGUUUAAAAAAUAAGAAGAAUUGUUCCACAUCAACUAAAGAAGGAACUUGACACAACAGGCGUUUAAAAUUAAACUACAACUACUGCCAGCAAAUGAUUUGUUUAAAUACAAGUGUUGUAAACAGUAAAUGAAACAGCAAUAACAACAACAAGAACAUGAAAAUUUACAACAAGUAAUUAAAACAAAAUAAUUACAGAGACACACCUACCAGCAAAACUUACACUAUAAGAAACAUACAAACAUAUGUACAUACAUACAUAUCUACAUUCAACAAGACAACAAGAUAAAACUUAAAGUGUAUAACAACAUAACAUAAACUUAAGGGCCAAAAGAUAUUAAAAAUCCAGUAAAUUAUUAUUUCUUUUUUUAAUAAACACCACCAACACACAUAUAAAAAUCAGCUAAAUGUCUGUUGUUGAAGUAGAUGAUGUUACAUCAAUGCUUCAAAUAUUAAUGUUUACUGGUCAUUUAAAAUGUCGGACGUUGAAAAGGCGAUAUCCGGCUUAGUAGAGGAAGAAGAACUAUUACAGCAACAGCAGCAGCAACAACAGUCAACACCUUUAAACAAAAUAAACAUUAACAACUAUAAUUUGCAAAACGAAACCGGAAAUAGUACAUUAUUACCAAAACACAACAACAGCAGCAAUAAUAGUGAGUCACAACAGUCCCACCCACAACAGCAUAUAACCUUUCAACAGCAGGAUUCGAAUACAAACACCGCCAACGGCAGCAACUACUUAACAGCGCAACAGCAACAACAUUCAUACAAUUGUUUAAGCCGUUUGGCCAAGUUAAUAUUUUCCACACCUGGCCUAGUAGUAAUGGUUGUAGUUUAUACCAUAAUGGGCGCAUUUAUAUUUCCUUUGCUGGAGGCACCACAGGAUAUUAGCAAAUCAGCUCUUAUUGCGAAAUCAAGAGAAGAAUGUCUAAAAGAGCUGUGGAUAAUAACAGAAAAAUUGAAUGUCCUUUAUGAACGCAACUGGACAAUGUUGGUGCACGAACAAUUGAGACGUUUUGAGGGCACAAUUGUGGCAGCGACACGCAAUAUGGCGGCGGCUGGUGCAACAGCCGCAUCAGGUGCUUCAACAGGAGGUUAUGGUGUAGGUGGAGCCGGAGGCAUGGCUACCGAAACAACAACAACUGCUUUGGGCCGUUAUGGCGGCAACAAUUUGGUGGAAUAUAGUGAUUUAACCGCAACAAGAUGGUCUUUUAGUGAAGCACUACUCUAUUCAGUAACUGUGAUAACAACAAUUGGUCAUGGAAGUUUAACACCGCGUACAGCUGGUGGUAAAAUAGCAACUAUUUUUUAUGCCUUAAUUGGGGUGCCAUUGAUGUUGAUGUGUCUCUCCAGUUUAGGUGCCCUACUGGCCGAAGCUCUGCAAUGUACCUACGCUCGUUUAUGUUGCCGUUGGCCACAUUAUAUGGGGGAUGAUGGCGAUGAACUAGAGCAUGAUAUACACAACACCAAACACCAACGUACUAAACGCCAGCAAAGAAAUUCCAAUAUAAAUAUGGAAAAAUCAUCAGCUCAUCUUGAGAUUAAACAGCGUUUACAGCAUUCAUGUGAUUUUCAGGAACAUAAAAAUGACAUAAAUUGUAAAAAUUGUAAAUAUGAUGCCAUAAUUGGAGAAUCGAAUACAAACCAUGGUUAUGACUAUAAACUGUGUAAUGAUGCCACAACAGCGACAACAUCAUCGACGUCGGCAUCAUCGGGGCCAGCAACAACAACGACAGCCAUGACAACUAUGAAACUUGGUCAUAAAGAAGAUUGCUGUCAGCUUUUGCAAAAUUCUCCUGGAAAAUUGACUCAACAUUUAUCCUCUUGCAUGCAAUUGAAAAUGUCGCCUACAAUGACGGUCAGUGGUGGUAGUAACACAAAUACAACACCAAUACAGCCGCAGCAACAAUACUAUCAGCAAAGACCAGAUGUCAUGCUAAUGACAACCGGCCACAAAUUGUCUUCACAACAGCCAGCAACAAUGGCUACUGCCUGUCGCAUGGUGUUGCCCCCCUCAAUACCACUCUCGCAGGUUCAACGUUUCUAUACAAAUACAACGCCUGCCAUGGCAACAUAUCAUAUUGUUUCCUCAGCCUCGGCCAAUUCAUCACCUACCCAUCAUCAAACUAUACGACAUUAUAUAGUGCCGCAAUUACCACCACCUCCACCAACGUCUUCAACUUCCGCCUCUGGUACGCAGCACUUUAUGGCUGUGCCUUCAAGUAUGCUUCGUUUUCAUCAAACAUCACCACAGACAUCGAUACAACAGCAGCAUCAGCAGCAGCAACAACAGCAGCAAUGUGCGGGUAAUGUAACAUCAAAUAUUAAUAUAAAUCCAUUGGCAUUACCCGUAUCAGGUUCAGCUACUGUUUAUUUUCCGAUUGUCACACCAGCUGCUGUCGCCCCAAAUACAACACUAAGCGGUAGUAGUAGUGGCCCCAGCUCUCAGCCUCUUGUUAAGUAUCACACCAUACAAAUGCCUCACAAGAGACAACAUGGUUUAACGUUGUUGCAACAAACCGAUUUACACGAUAAUCAAGUCAUAAAUGCAGUUGAAGAUGUUGACUGUACGUUAUUUCCACCACCACCACCUCCCGCCUAUCAGACUGCUACGGUACAUGGUAUUAGAAGGGCAAAAUUCUUAACAAAACCUUUACCACAAGAAAUCAAUACUUUAUUGCAUGAAAGUGAUAUUUCGUGCCGGCAUGAUUUAUCACAAAACUUGCCAACAUUUAACAGCAGUAGCAGCAGUAAUAGUAACAAUUUAGUAAAUGAACAACAACAGCAGCAUCAGUUACACAACACAUUAAUAGAACCAACAGCAACUGCCACAACAGCAUCAGUCAUGCUUUCAAGCACAACGGGAAUAGAAACACAAACAUCUUUGCCAAUAACAACAACAACAACAGCUGGUAAUAAUUUUUAUGGCAGUAGCAAUACAUCGACCACUACUGCCUCAACAUCACCAGCAUCGACGGCAACAUUAACAAAUAAUACAAAUUCCAAUAGUAAUACAACAACUAUUUAUGAAAAUCAUGAAUCAGCAACACAUCACAACACACAACAGCAACAUGGCCAAAUCGGUUUGGGUAUGAUGGCAGCAGGAGCUGUUAGCACAGCAGGUGGUGCAACAGCAGCCGUAGAUAUAAUGGAGGAUGAAGAAGAACAAGAACAACAACGUCUGGGUAAUUGUCCUCAUGGUACACCGUCCAGAGUACCACUACUAACAAAUUCUGCACUAAACACAGAGGAUAAGUCACAAACCCGCAGUUUUUUCAAUGCCACAGCCGCCUCUUUUCAUCGCCACACCUUAAAUACCUUUCAACGUUCCAGCAAUACCUUAAAUCCACAACGCAAAUCGGUUAUCAUUAAUCGCAAAGGUGAGUGUAAUCUGCAUAUACCCAAGCGUCGUAAUUCCUCUGGAGCCACUUUGUGUUAUGGUGACCAAUACGAUGAUACCUCCGAUGAUGAUUGUGGUGGCCUAGAGGGCACUAAUAUCUAUAAACUAAAACAUUUACAACCCCAACAACCACAGACUGAUAAACAUCUUAUGGGCCAAGAUGAUUAUUGUGAUAAUCAUUCGUUGGUUUCGUUAAGCGAGUCAAGCGCACAAAUACCUCAGGUUCCCAUCAUAGUGGUGCUAUUCAUUUUAGUAUUCUAUGUCUGUCUGGGCACGGUUAUAUUUGCUUUGUGGGAAAAUUGGUCUCUAAUCGAUGGUGCUUAUUUUUGUUUUGUCACUCUAACCACCAUAGGUUAUGGUGACUUUGUACCCUUGAAAACAUUUCAGGGCCCGGAGAUACAACUAUUUGCCUGCUGUGCUUAUUUGCUGUUGGGCCUAGUAUUGGUGGCCAUGUCGUUUAGUAUUUUGGAAACCCAGUUGAUAUGGAAAUGUAAACGUUUAGCGGUUAGACUGAAAUUAGCCAAAGAAUGAUGUUGUAAAACUAAUACUACUAUAAGUUUUGUAUAAAAAAAUUAACAAACAAUUUAAAAUUAAGUAAAGAAAUUAUUAAAUAAGUAAAAUUUAAAAAAAUUUUAAAUGUAAUUUAUAUUUUGUCCCUAAUUUGUUAACACUUAUUAUCCAUUAGCAAUACUUUAUUAAAAUCCCUGAACAAAAUUUCCUUUUAAUUAUUUAUUUUUAAAUUUAUGUACAAAAGAAAUAUCUGCUCAUAUGUUAUUAAAAUAGAAAAUAAUUCCUAAAUAGAAAAAAAUGUAAUAAAAUCUUAUAGAGAAAAAAAACUAGCAACAAAUGUAAAAUGUGUAGUAAUUAAAAUGUAAUGAAAAUGUUACAAAUCUAUACAUAUAAACGAUUAAAAGAAAAAAACUCUAAAACAUACAUAUAAAUAAUUAAUUAAUAACUACAGGCAACAAAACUCCACAACAACAACAAAACAAAAACAAUAAUAAAUUAAUAUGUAUGAAAACUAACGACA